AGAAUCACAGGUUGUCACUGAUGUCUAAAACAGGAUGUUAAUUUUUAAAUAAGGACCUGUAUGUAUGUGUGUCUGAUUAAUACAUGUGAAAAUAGCUGUACAUGUUCCUUGUCCAGGUAUUCCCAGUCCCUAUGUCUAAGUACAGAUGUGGCAUUUUUCUGUCGGUCAGGGAACUAUUAUCAAUAAUAGUUUAACAAAACCUUACUUAAAUAAAAUAGAAUAAAUAAUUUAACCACGAAUGGGACCCCAAAAUAUAAAUUCCACUAAGGACCCUAUUUAAUCUCGGUCCGGCUGUGGACACUCGUAUUAAAGCACGAUAACUGACUCUAAAUGGGUGACAUGUCGCCUAAACACAGUAAAGCGAUUCAUCCCAAACCCCCCACCGCUCGUCCUCUCUCCUGAGUUGGUGUGUUGGUUGGUUGCAGCAGAGCCUCAGUCUGUAUCCCGGUUCGCCUGACAGACACAGCCAGUCCUCGUCUCCCUUUGCUCACCCAUCAUCAACCUGUCUCUCCGGUUCUCAAUUUGACGUAUUUGGACGAAAAGAGAAAAAAGAAAAAAGCGAGAUGUAGAACCUGAACAUGGAGACCACAGCGGAGCGGGGCUUUUGGCUUCUAUCCUCGCAGGAGACCCACAAACUCAGCGGAGAAAAAAAGGCGUCAGAGGGGCAAACGGCGGUUUUCAGCUGCUUGAUCGUCGAGGUGACGCUCUGCUUCCUCUGCAUGAACACAUCAGCCAACACGAAUGUCCGACUCGAGAAGUUACAGAGAAACCGCGGAUAAAUCCUCCAAGUCGUCCUCAUCCUCUCCAGUUUUCAACAAGCGCUCUCGUCGGCUGCAGGACUUCCCGCCGGUAAACCUGCUGCUCCGUCACCUCGGUGAGAAACUCCUGGUCUGCUCUAAGAAGGAAUCGUCUUCUUCUGAGGUCAAGACUUCUGAGAAAUGAGCUGCCAAUGUAAGUCCCUUGGCUGACCUCACGACUUAGAUGGAAUCACCUUGAGCAUCUCUUCUCCUCUCUUGGCUUGGAGGUCUUCUAGAGGGUUGGAGCCUCCUUGCCAUCAUGAAGGGAUUGGGGACCAACCGUAACAGACAUCUGUCUGAUUCUUGUGAUCCCUCUCUUAAUCACCCAGAGGCACUCUACCAUCAGAAGACCAGCACAUUGCCACGCAGCCCUUAUCUGCUCAGCCCCACAAUGGACCACUAUGGCACCAUGGAUCACCACCUUUAUCCUUCCGCCAAUCCAGGCUCCCUUCCAACAGACUGCAUGCUGCCCCUCAACAAUCAGCUUUCCAAUAGCAGCACUUUUCCCAGUAUUCACUACAACUCCUAUGACCAGUCCGAUUUUUCUCCUCCUGGGGACAGUAUUGGAGGGAUAGGCACGGGCACCAUGGGGACAUCUCUGUCGAUGGGCAUGGCGUCAGGUAUGGCCAUGUCAGGGUUGAGUGGAAGAACACCUAUGAUUACAAGUGGCUCUGCAACAAUAUCACACCAUAUGACUAAGAAUCAGACUCCGCCUAGUCUGUUGGAUUUUGAGAAGCAGCUACCAGGAGGUCGUGACGGAUUCAGCACUUUGCAGUUUCAUCGAACAUCUGCUGCUGUUGCUGCUAAGCAGAGGACAGACAGUCCUGGCCGCAUUCGUUACAUGCUACACUCGGUGCAGAAACUGUUUGCAAAGUCCCAGUCACUGGAGAGCCACAAUAUGAAGGGAAAUGUGAACGGAAGAUCUACUGGCAGUGGUGGAGGCACUUCUUCUGGCACCGAGGACGGAGGGAAGCAUACUCGCAGAUCCAAAAGUAAGGAUCGUAUUACAAAGUCGGAGCAAACUGCUAAGAGACGGCCAAGAUCCAACAUGUCAGGUUACUGGAGCUCAGACGAUUUGGACAGUAGUGAUUUGAGCAGCUACCAUAAUACUAUGACCAUGAUGACCCUGGGGCGUCCGAGUGGCCAUGAAAGCCAUAGUGGUCAGACUAAAUACAUCCACAGUGGCUACAACACGAUCAGUUCCUCUAAAAGCAGCAAUGACAUGAAGUAUCCAGCACUUCCUGGUCCAGGGGAUAUAGGAGGUGGUGGAAUAAGUGGACCAGUAGGCAUGCUGAUGAAUGAUACCGAGUAUGUGAAAGGAGGGUCUUGGUCCACAUUGACCAUGGGCCAACCAAGACAGGUACUCCAGAAGGGCUCUACUACUCUGGACAGGUCAAUGCUCAAGUCCAAGUCCUGCCAACAGGAGUUAACUUGUAACUAUCUGCAGGUUGGACGCAGGGAGGGGGAUUGGAGCAGCUCAUUGGGUCGCAGUCCAGGUUUCAAUGAGAUUCCAUGUCGACGGAUGCGCAGCGGUAGCUAUGUAAAGGCUAUGGGAGAUAUGGAAGACAGUGACGACUCCGAGGGAAGCCCUAAACCCUCGCCCAAAAGUGCUGCUCGCCGUCAGAGCUACCUCAGGGCCACCCAGCAGUCUCUAAGUGACCAGCUACCCCCACGCAACAGAACCUUGGAUUUCACAUUGUUGCAGGGGGAGCUGGAUGCCCUGUGGUCUCCACUCCACAGUGUGUCCUCUCUGUACCAGCUGGGCAGGUCAAUGAGCAGCUGUCUUCCAUCUCUCAGAGAACUCUCAAAUAAUCGCAGCCUGGAUAAUCUGGACUGUAUUGGAGAACCAGGAGCUUUGGCACCGUGGGAUGAAGACAGCUUCAGCCAGGCCUGCAGCACCUUGGGCAGACGUAGUGGCAUAGGACAGCUGCGAGACCUGGAAAAAAGUCAUCAUUACGAAGACAGAAGCUCAGAGUCCGCCUUCAGAGAUCCCCAUUCUCUGGACAUCUCAGAGCCUCCGGACAUGCCCAUGCCGACAUGCUUCCGGUCCCGCAGCCACAGCUACCUGAGAGCUAUCCAGGCUGGCUGUUCCCAAGACGACGACACCGCUUCCAUAGACUCAGGCUGCUCUCCACCUCCAACUGACUCCUCUGUUCGCACAUACAGCACCAGCACUGACGACCUUUCUACACAAUGGAAGACAUGGAAAGAACAGUUUGCCUCUUACCUGAUAGCCACUGGCUUGGACAAAGCCCCAAAGGAGAAACAACUUGCAAUUUUUCUUCAGCGUUUCGGGACAGACAGACCACGCAUCCUACCCACACACACAGUCUCCACAUGUAUAACAAGCUGUAAGAAGGCCGCUCCUCCACCGGUGCCUCCACGCACAACCUCCAAGCCAUACAUAUCAGUGACAGUGCAGAGCAGCACUGAGUCAGCGCAGGACAACUACUUGGACCAACAGGACAGGAGGUCAGAGGUCAACAGCCAGUCGAGCCACGCUCACAGCAACUCCUCUGACAGCCUUGACAGCACCCGUGCCAACAGCCUGGCCCGUGGUAUUCCUCGUCCUCCGCACAUCAUCCCUAUUCCCAUUGCUACGCCGAGGGAGCCAAUCAUCCCUAGUACCGCCAAUGCUUCCACAGAGACAAGUGACUCAGCAGUCCACAAUGAAUUCUUGAAAUCAGGAUCUAGUAAAGGGAAUUUAGCAGCAGAGGAGCCGUUUGUAGCCCCAGUACCAAGGCGGAAACUGUCUUCUAUUGGGAUACAGGUUGACUGCAUUCAGGAAGUUCCAAGAGAGGAGACUCCGCCCCUGGCCAGAUUUCAGUCAAUAGGAGUACAGGUGGAGGACGGGUGGCAACUCAGUCGCUCCAGCAGUAUGGCCUCAAAACAAGAAACAGACUCAGACACACAGGACAUCUCAGCCAUUUCUCAUAUCAGCAUUGCCAAAACCUUCGAGAAGAAAGUCAUGGUCAACAGUGCCAGUCAGUCAAUGAGCUCCCCCCCUGGGCAAGACUCUUUAGACAAUGGAGAGCAGACUGGCGAUACCUCCUCCCCACCGCCUCCCAGGCAGAUCCUCAACCGCUCCACCACGCGGAGCAGUUCCUCAUCUUUCUCCGAAAGCCUGGAUCCGGCGCUGGAUCCCUCGUCUCUGCCGCCCCCGGAUCCCUGGCUGGACAGCGGAAACGGUAGCAGCAGCGGCGGCGUCUCCCAGAGUGGAGGAGCCGGAACGCUGUGCAGAAGAGACGGCCAUUGGUUCCUGAAGUUGCUGCAGGCUGAAACAGCACGCAUGGAAGGCUGGUGCCAACAGAUGGAGCAGGAAACCAAAGAUAACCAACUCUCAGACGAGGUGCUUGGGAAAGUCCGCAGUGCGGUGGGAAGUGCUCAGCUCCUAAUGUCUCAGAAGUUCCAGCAGUUCCGGGGACUGUGUGAACAAAACCUGAAUGUGACUGCCAACCCACGGCCAACAGCCCAGGACCUGGCUGGCUUCUGGGACCUGCUGCAGCUAUCUAUCGAGGACAUUAGCCUCAAGUUUGAUGAGCUCUACCAUCUCAAGUCCAAUGACUGGCAGCCUGUGCCGUCUGGGGCCGCCCAGUCGUCCCCUGAGCGGAAGAACGAGGACACGGAGGCCCUUCUGUUAUCAAAGAAGCCUAGCAAGACGCGACCGACGCUUGCCCGCGAGAAGAGUGCUGACUCUUCUUCAACCUCUUCAUCCGCCUCGGCAGAAAAACAGAGACAAGAGGCUCGCAAGCGCCUGCUAGCUGCCAAGAAGGCUGCCUCGUUUCGCCAGAACUCUGCCACGGAGAGCGCAGACAGCAUUGAAAUUUACGUCCCCGAGGCCCAAACUCGCCUCUGAGAGAAAAGGACUAGCAAGGAUCCGAGGACAGAUAAGUUUGUUGGAGGAGAAGAAAAAUGGGAAAAUAAACAGGGAGGAUUUUGUCUGAGUGCAGAUGAGUUACGGUGAGUGAGGAAGGGUGUGUAGAGGAGCAAUGCCAAUGAAUGGGUGUUUUGAUAUUUUUAACAUAAUCAUAGGCUGGUCCUGCUUGAAACUGAUGAUGAAACAUUUGUGGACCCAACAGACUACAAACUUAUGAAGCAGAAGAUUCCUCUUCUGAGGCUGCCAGGGAAGACCUCAGCUGAUGAACUUUAUCAUUUCUUCUUACUUUUACUUGAUAUCAUAAAAAUGUUAAUGAAGGUAUUAUUAUAACAAUUAUAGGUUAAAAGCUCAUUAUGAAGACUGUUUUAAAAGUUCCUAUAUCUGGGCUAUAAGAUUUGUAAAGCAGACAGAACAUAAGCAUCAAUGCUUCUGUCUCCCACUCUUGCUCUCUUCCCAGAUCACUGGCCAUCUUGUAGCUUUGCACAGCACCUCCUUGUGGCCAUCAUGCAAGUUGCACACAAAUCCACCUAUAUAUAUAUAUAUAUAUACAGUAUAUGUCUUCCUUGUAUUUUUUUUUUUCUUUAAUUAUUGAUUUGGGCUGGGCAAGAAUCCAUUUAGAUCAAGCUUUUCUGACUAUUUUUGGUAUGAUGAAACAAAGUCCGAUGUGAAAGAUUAUCUAUGUAGUUCCUACAAACAAACAAAAUCUUCUGAGUUUUUUUUGGGUUAAAGACUUUAGUGUUUAGUUUGUUAAUGUUUUUUUUUUUUUUUUUAUGGAAGCACAUAUUAAACAAAGCCAGACUGGAGGUUCUGUAACAAUGGCUGUCCACAAUGUGUGUUUUUUUUUAUUUUUAGAUCAAAAAUCCUAAUAUCCUUUUAGUUCUUUUGUAUUUUCUUUUCCUCCAUUUCUUUUUUCCAUUUCUGUGCUAUGACUCCAGAAAUAUAUAGGAUAUUUUCUGAACCAUACAUACAUUUAGGUGCUUUAAGGAAAAUAAUUGUGCAUCACAUUCAUACAUUUCAAAGUAAUCUGGGGCUCUGAAGUUGUGCAGCUGGGUGAGCAUGGUGGUUGACAGCAGGCGUUUCUUUUCCACUUCCCAUCUACUAAUCAACCCAACUUCACUUUAUCCACUUUACAUUUUUAUCUGAACUUUCCUAAUUAAAUCAUUACAUGUAUAAGUGAUUGUCCUUUUUAAUCACAUCCUGUUUAAUCAUUACUGUUUGCUGUUUUUGUCUUUGAGGAAUACAAAAGCCAAAGAUAAGUACACUGUUUGAAAUUCAGCUCAUGUAAUAAAAUGUGAGUAGCAGGGAAACUCGAUGGUUGACUGUGAAAACAGAUGGGAGUGGAUUUUACCCACAGCAACACAUGUACUGCAGAUUUAACAUUUGGAUAUCCACAAGGCAGGAAGCUUGAACAGAACCACCCAACAAUGAGAACCACAACCCAACACUUACCCUAUCUGACACAGAGUUAAUUUCAUGGAAAAGAAUUGUUUCCAACCUCAGGAGGGCAACAGCACUUGCCUCUUAAACUAGUAGUCAGUUAUCACAUUCAGUGAAAGAACAAAGACUCCUAAUCCCUUUCUUGUUUUGCAUUAAGGGACACACUGUGCUUUGCAAAAGUAUUCAUUCGGUUGGAGCCUUUUUACAUCUUGUCAUGUUAUAACCACAAACCUAUCGGAAUUGCACGUAGUUCGACACAAAAUAGAACAGAACUGUAAAGUGGAAGAAAAAUGACACGCGGUGUUCGAAAAAGCAGAAAUCUUGAAAAACUGUGGGAUGCAGUUUUGUUUGUAGUAUUUCUAAUCAAUUUUCUGUAAAAUCACCAUUCUUGCUUAUGUCCUUGCCAACUUUAAAUGUGUUGCUAUCAAACUUCCCAAUCAUGCCCAAUCGUCUAUUCAUUUAGUUUCAGCCAUGCUACCAUUAACACAAACCAGCAUCCCCACAACAUAAUGGUACCACCACCAUGCUUCACAGUGGGGAAUGUAUUAAUUGUCUGCCACACCUAUGUUAUAGAAGGGCAAAAGUUCAGUUUUAGUCUCUUUCACCAAAAACCAUUCCUCCACAUGUUUGCUGUGUCCCCUUCUUCAGCAAACUUUACAGACUUCUCAUGGUUUUCCAACAGCAAUGGCUUUCCACUCCCCACUCCUCCAUAAAAGCCAGAUUUGUGGAAUGCACGACUAAUAGUUGUCCUGUCUACAGAUGCUCUCUGAGCUAUAGUUCUCUGAUCUUCUCCAGAUUUACCAUAAAUGUGUUUGGCUGCUUCUGCUUAAUGUUCUCCUUAUCUAACCAGUCAUCUUUUGGAAUGUUUGUAGUUUAGCCAUACUCGUUCACUUUUAAAGAAAGAGUUACAACAGUGUUUCACUAGUUGUUUUAUAGCCUAAGCCUGCUUUCAGCAUCCAGACAGAUAUCUCUCAAACCUGGAUUUAUUUACUAAUUGCAUAACCACCUCAGUUUGUAUAUAACUUGACAAAAUGGGGGGAAAAAAGUCACUGGUACGUGAAUAUUUUUGUGAAGCACUACAUCUAAAAACGCUCACAUUUUGUCUAAAUUCACUUUGUAGCUUGAAGAUAAUUGAAACAAAACGUCUCCAUUUGUCUCUGUAACUCCCUAGUGGGCACUUUGAGAUUUUUACACCCUAUGCUAUCCAUACAGUCACUGAUGAAGCACUUUUGAUCUGCCACUGCUAAAUGCUCUUCUUUUCAUUUGUCUGUCGUCAAGGCCUCUCUACCAUAAGCUAUAACCCAAAGUUAAGCCUCUGGCUUUGAAUUAGAAAAAGCCCAACAAUCACCAUUCUCCUCACAUUGAUGGUAAGAGCUUUCCCUUGAUGGCCGGCCAUUAUUUGUCUGUUGUGUUUGCUUGCUGUGGGUGACUCUCAACAAGGAAUAUGACUCAGAGGUGUCAAUAGCUAGUCCCAUGACUGGUAUCAGUCUACCCCCAUCCAAUCAAAUGGAUGGGGGUAGACUGAUAGACUGAUGGAAAGCUUUCAGGUGCUUUCGUUAGCACCUGAAAGCCUUUUGUGUGACUCAAACGUUGCCGUUAGCCUGAUUUGAUUUUGGACUGCCAGAAAAACACUUUCCGAAAGGUUUCGGAAACCUUUUGGAAACUGGUUUCCAAAUGGUAGAAGUUAAUGCUUUCUCCUAUUUGUUUCUUUUUGUCAAAGCAAGCAUAUCUAUGUGUUUUAUCUGGGGAACCAAGUUAUUGAUUUAUAUUCAAGAGAUUUUAUGCAGUUGCUGCCAUAUUCUGUUUUCUAAUUCUCACAUAUUCUUCUCUGUUUUUGCGCAUCAUGUUUUACCACCAUAUCUUUUUGUUGCACCAACUUUAUACAAAACUGUCUGCCUUGAAUGCUGGUAAAACACACUGUGGCUUUUUAAAUACACCCAGCGACAGACAGCAAGCAGCGCAAGCCAAUACAUCUGUUUUUCUGUCAUUUGGAUACGUGUGAAAUGCAACAACACAUACAGACAUACUUGCCGAAACAAAGCUAAAACUUAUCCCGAGCACAUAAACAGUGCUUUUCUCCAAUAAACAUAAACCUGGUACAGACAGACAGACAGAGCUAGGCCUAUUUCCUGGGUAAAGUUAUCCAUUGACAGCAUAGUUUCACUGUGCGGGGGCAGGGAUGUUGCUGUAAAGCAAGUGAUUUGGGGGUGAUACUGAUCCUCAUGCAUAUAAGGUUGAUGCUUUCUACCAUUCAUUUCUUUUCCCCUUUUUUUUCUUCUCCUUAGUAACUCUCAUAGUUGUUCCCUCACACCAAGUCUACUCACUGGUUAGUUGUUCUAUGAUUUUUGGGUGGAGGAGGAAACAGAUUUCACACAAGAGUUUGGAGUGAAACUUGUAAAAAAUAUUAUUUCUAGUUUAUACUGAGUUUCUCAUCUCAAAUUUCUCAACCGCAUAUUUUAUUUCACAAACGUUUUUCCUGUCUCUUUUUUCUUUAUUACAUAUGGAUAAGCCAAGAGUAAUCGCCUCAUUUCAAAUUAAUAUCAAUCAUUUCUCUUUCUCUCUUCCCAUCCAAACUUCUUCUGUUUUGCCUUGGUUUGAAUUAUCUCCAGAAGCUUCUUCAUAAACUGAAAUUGUUGUUGCUUUAAAGUUGUUUAUUUUAAUUUUUUUUAAUUGUAACCUAAAGAUGUUCGUGAAGGAUUACUGUCAUCGACAACUAUAAGUAUUUGCCUAUAUGCAUAAGAAGCAGCCUUUUGGUGUUUACUUUUUUUUCACAAAUUUUUACAUUUUUAAUUCCAUUCUUUAAAAGUGUUUGUAAUAACAGGAAAACAGAUUCACAUUUAUUUGAUAUCGAUUAAGACCUUUUUUUUGUUGUCUUUAAAAUUUCUGGCAAACAAGAGGCAAAUGCAUCAAACCCUAGAAAAUGAUUUGAAGUCUCUGAAAGUCUGUUGGCCAAAAACAAGACUGAAACCAAACAAGCUCUUUUUCCGUCUUUGCUUGGUUCGUCUUGGCCAUGAAAUACGGGAGAGGGCCGAGUAAGGGACGGAGGCCAUGCUCAUUCCAGCAGAGAUAUGAUGUAGCAAAACGUGUCGACAAAUAAAUAUUUUAAUGAAGUAAGCACAUAUUUUAAUGACUAGAAUCUGUUUAGAGUACUAUAUAAGAUGUGUGUAAUCCAGCGGAGCUGAAUGAAAAGGAUUGUGCUGCGAGUGAGUAUGUGGGCCUAUUAUUUGGAGAGUAUUACCUUUAUUACUGUUCACUAUACUCUGGUUACAAUAAAGUGUGCAAUACAGAGUAAAGGGGUUCUUUGCUAUUAAAAGGACACUGUCUUGCAUCUCUCCCCUUGUGCUUCUUACAGUUAUUGUAUGUACAUAAGAAUUAAACCAGAAUACAUAUUUCAUCUUUUACAAUAUUGUAAACCUGUUUAUACAGUUUCAAGGUUGUUGACAUGUAAGCUGCAGAUGCGCAAUGUUCAAUAAAGUGCACAAAAUACUUUCUCAA